CUGUCAGCUGUCAAUUUCAAUGAUUUGUGAUGCCCACGCUUGACUAUUGAGUAUUGUUGCAUUUUAUUAUUUUACAUCAUUUGCUGUGAUCACUUGCAUUUGAGGAUCCAGGAAGUGCAGGACACGUUCUUGAUCGCCAUUCAUUCGUACCUGCAAAUAAGAAAUUGCUUUUGAUCCACGUUGAUACUUUCUUAACAAGAUGACUUUGGGAACUUACAACAGACACCAAGCGCAAAAGAAACGACAAGCAGCGUUGGCAGCCGCUUUCCCCCAAGGGAUACGUUGUCAAAAAUGUCUUCAAUAUGGACAUUGGAGCUACGAAUGCACGGGACAACGCAAGAUUCUCGUCCGCCCUUCCCGUACGCAGGUGCUGAAGAAGAAUUUAAAAGCCAAGGAAGAAAAGUGCAGUGACGGCAAAUGCAAGAUCCCGGCUAAAAAGAAGCGCUACUCAAACUGCGAUGACUGCUCCGAUGACGAAUCGUCUUCAUCAGGAUCUUCGUCAGACAGUUCCUCGUCUGACAGUGAUUCGGACAGCGACAGCGACUCUGACAGUGGAAGCAGCAGUGGUAGCUGCUCAGAUAGCAGUGGCUCAGAAUCCGAUUCUUCUAGUGACUAAGUAUUCUUUAGAUAUGAUUUAACUCAGCAAUGUUUUUGAGAUCUGACUUUCCUUUCCUUGACAGACUUUAGUUUGAUUAUUUUGUAUGUUUAAAACUUUUCCUACAUAUCAGCUAGGGACUGUUCUGUAAAAUUCCUUUUUAUACUGUUUUUCUAUUUCUUUUUUUAAUAAAUUAGUAUUCUUUCUUACUUUUCCUUGUUCAAAAUUUAAAAUGAUUACAUUGCUCAUCGGUUUGUAAAAUAAUGCUGGUCAUUCUGAAUUUAGGGUAAGAUUAUUUUUUUAUUUAAAUUGUCAACUUUUUUAUGUGUACUUGAAGGUUUUAGUUUUAUUUGUAUUGUUACCUGAUUUGGAAAUAGAUGAGAUUGUUUUUUAUUCUCGAAAAUAAAAAUAACAAAUUUCAAAACGAAACUUGCUAUUUCUAUUUACGAGAAGGAUUGAUAUUGUAAUGAUUUAACUAUAUGUGAUUUACUAGUAUUUUGUAGAAACAUUGUAUGACUUUAAAUUCUGAUGUCUAUGUUUUAAAUGUAAGGCACAAAAUAACAAUUGUUGAUAUUGCACUUGGGUGAUAUUUGACAAAAGGUUGUUAAUAAUAUUAAAUUAAUAAUUACGUUUUAUAUGAUACCUAACUGUAAUAUGAAUGAUUGUUACAUCUAGAGUUAAACUCAAAUGUAAUGUUAUAGAGGCUUUGUAAAUGUGCAUGUAAUUAUAUUUUCUUUAAAUUGAUUUAUUUUAUAAGACUGUAUGUGUAAAUGUCGUAAAAUAAAUUUUAGUUUAAAUGUCA